AUGGAAGCGCCAUUAAACUGGUCAGACCUACCUGAUGAGAUUAUCGAGCGAAUCUUCUCGUUCCUCCACCUUAAACAUGUUACCCCAUUCCUUGCCGUUCCCCAGUUGCAGCGCAUCGCGCUCAACCGGUAUUACUCGCGGAUCCAUAUUUACAAUGACAUAGACUCUACAAAGCAUGAGUACCAGAAUAUGACGGUAGAGGAGUUCAGUGAUUUUGUCCUCGACCCUAGGUUUACCAAUCUCCGAAUCAGCAAGCUCGUGUUGAGUUUCCCCCAGACUUUACCGCCGCACGUGGUGCAGAGGAUACAACAGGCCACAUAUCUCGAAAUCGACUGGUGCCAGCCGGAAAAUGACAUUGAUCCGCAUGAGGUUCCGUUAUUCGAAAACAUACGCCACUUUGAUUUGGAAUGCCAUAGCGUUGACUGGGGAUCGAUGGUAUUUCCACCACGGAUGGAGGAGCUCAAUAUCUCGGUCGACAGGGAUUACGCGUCAGGACAUGGCCGGGUUAGAUUCCCUCGCUCCCUAAAGGCUUUGAGUUUAUCUGGCGUAGCGUGGACGAACAGCCUAUGCGAUGGAGUUCCGAAUUUAGAAGAACUCGAAGUGGAGGACCCCUUGUUUUUCCGGUAUCCCUCCCGAUUGAAAACCCUUCGGUUGUGGGCCGACAAACUUCCCGAUCUCUACGGGCUAGAGCUACCCUCAACGUUAACCAGAUUAUUUCUUGAGUGCAGCCUUCUAGGAAGUUUGGCUGGCGUUGUCCUUCCUCUGACCUUACGAGAAUUACAUCUUUUUACCUCCACAUCCCUCACAGAGCUUGGAAUAGACUUGAACGAUGGCUUGCGAGUUUUUACAAUCGACGAAUCCAGCUUGACCUCUGCUGCAAUGGAAGUGAUCACGUAUCCGAGGUCGUUACGGACCUUGUCCGUCGAAAGGAGCCGUAUAACGACGCUUGAUUUCGUGCAACGCUUGCCUUCCACUUUGGUAGAACUCAACAUGGUGGACAACUACAUAGGCUCCGGUGAGGAAAUUUCCUUGAUGUUUAGUCCUAAGUUCACCCGUGUGGCAUUCCCCGCAGGUUUGAAAGCGCUUAACUUAAGUAAUAACGCAAAACUUUUUACCGGCUAUGACUUGGAGCAGUUUGUGUUCCCGGAUGGUCUUGCGAACAUAAACCUCAUCGGUACCGGGCUAACAGACAUCGUGGGUGUAAAUGUGCGGGGCAUAGAACUCAAGUUGGACAAGCUGGCCGCUGCGACACUUUUAAAAACGAAAGCAGAAAAGAUGAGACUGAAGCUCCAGGAGAUCAAAAAGAGAAAACGUCUUGGAACAAAGAGCUUGGAUUCAGAUCCAAACGUAGUUACCAACGGGCAUGCUCCAUGA